UCAACACCAAUCGUAUCUCAAAUAUUCUCAGCCAUUGGAGAAGUGCCAAUUUAUCACCUCAGCUCUCCUUGAUAAUUUGAAAUAACGUUUUAAAGAGUUAUUUAUGAGCAUGUUGUUAAAACACACCCCUCAUACGCUCAGUAUAUUACUGUUGCGUGGCAUUGUGUCACAACACAGGAAAAGACCAUGCGUGGGGGGAUGUUGGGAACCUGAGAUGCUGUGAAUAGACCUCUGGCUGCAGGUGAGAAUCACUCGGAUUAUCUGCAUCUGUGAAUAAGCAUGACAAAGAUCACAGGGAAGGAUACUGAAAGGCAAAGUUGUUCAUUUUGGCUCUAAACAAGCUGAGGAAGAAGGUGAUUCUGAGAUUGAACAAUUUAUUAAUCAAGCUCCUGUAACAAGUGACAGAUCAAAAAUGACCAACACCAGUGAUCUGAUGGAUUUGGCUUUUGUGCUUCAAACAGUGACCAGCUCCAAUCAAGCUGACACCAAUAGGCUUUUGGAGACCAUAAAAGCAUUUGUCCACUUUGGAGCAUUCAUUGUCACUGGUCUCUUUACCUGCCUCAUCAUAGCGACAGUGCGUAACAACCAGGAGCUGCGUCAGAACCCUCGCUACAUCUUAUUGUGUCAGCACUGCAUUUGUGUGACAGGCUUCAACAUUAUGGGCGCAGUUGUACACACUCUUCGCAGGCUACGUUGGCCAAUCUCUCGAAUCACAUGUUGGAUCCUCUUCGACCUGCAGGUGGUGAUGGCACGAGGUUUGAUGAUCACCCUCACACUGAUGUCUGUCAGCACUUGUCUGUCCAUUUGCAUGCCACUCCGCUACCCCAUUUUGGUCCAGUGCUUGUACCGCUGGGUCGCAUUGGUGGCUUGCAUUCUCGCCCUGCUCAACCCCGUAGUGUUUACCGUCCUAGCCUGUGUACGCUUUCCGUGGGACUACGUGGUUGGACUGGACACCGAGUGCUCCACUGCUUUGGAGGGCACCGCAUGCAUCGCCAGCGCUUUAGCAUUGCUGUUAUUGCUGGUGGUGCUUAUUAUCAUAAGCUACGUGGCGAUUUACCUGGAAGGCAGACGUGCUGGCCAUUUCACACAAUCCAACAGUAAAGGCCGCCGCACCAUUCUCAUCCACAGCCUUCAGAUGAGCCUCCACAUUCUUCCCUCUCUCAUCAUCAUCUCCCGGCAUCAGGAGGCGCUCCCCGUAGCAGUGUCGAUUUUUAUCCUCUUCAGUUUUGCGCAGUCCCUGAGCCCCGUGGUGUUCGGCCUACGCUGCAAAGAGCUCUACAAGUAUAUGCCACAAUUUCUGCCAUGCGUCUGGGGAAACUGUGGCAGCUGUGGUCACAUUGGGAGCAUAGAGAGCACCAGCACUGGGACAGUCACCAGUGCGGAGACUGCCGCCAGUAUAGAGACUAACGCCUCCACCUGUAUGGCCACCAGCACCCCAUCUGCCAUUACCACAGAGCACGAGGGUGAGAUUGAGGGGUCAGACUUCGCCGAGUUAACCGUAUAAAUUAGAAACAAGUGGGACGAGAUGGACAGCAGUGUCUCAACAGUGUUAACAAAUAGACAGUGGCCUCUUUAUUUAAAACACGGAAUAGGGAGGUCAACAAAAGACAAAACUGAGUUUACCUUUUUCUAUCUAAACAACAUCAAAAGUUUGGGCUCAUGUAAAAAUUUAUCAAAAAGUGACAGUAAAUAAUUACUGUUACAAAAGAAUAUGGCUGCGUUCGAAAUCUCUAAAAUGCUGCCUUUGGAGGCAGCAUUCCAAAGCGGGAAGGCAUCAAAGCACGUACGAAUCCAAAUUCUGCUUUACUUCCUGUCUCCAGAGGUACCUUCUUCUGAUCGAAUUUUGGCAGCAUAGAUGUAUCCUUCACUGCCUUUGAUAUCCCACAAUCCUGUGCGUUCCAUUCCGUGAUGGUUGAGCUAAAAAAAUAAAGAUGGCAUCUGAAAGUUGCAUUUGGUGGUCAGCUUGUAAAUGUAUAUUUCUGUCUAACUUUUUGCACUUUUGAUGUUAUUUCUAGCGAGAAAUCAGAAUUAUAGUAAUUAAAUAUUCAUUUAGUCAUCACCAAAACUCAUUGUAAUUUGUUGUAGAUCAUUGAACCGUUGCGCUACCUCAGAAGCCUGUCCGAAAUCAGUUUCAUGAUGUGCCUUCGUGCAAAAACGCUGCCUGCAAAAUCAUUGCCUCACAAGGCAGCGAGGCAGCAAGUCAGCUUUCAGACGCAAAAAGUUUUUUUCUGAGCAAAAACAUUUUUAAAAAUCAUAUUGACCCCUAACUUUUGAGUGGUGGUUUACAUGUUGACACUGUCUAUGAAGGUUUUUUAUUCAUAUGAAACCUUCAUUAUGAAGUCUUUAAAUGACUAAAUUUAGGUGCUUAUGCAUUAAAUUGUAUCUGUUUUGGUCACAAUAUAUUAUUUUAUCUAAAUUAUGUGUAAAAUCAUGUUGUUUCUCUUUAUAUACUGAAUCAUCUGAGUCUAAAUGUUUUGACUGGUUCAUUUAAGGCUAUUUUGGUGCCAACAAGCCUUCUAUCUCUUUAGGUAAGUUAGCAGUCAUUGUACUGUCAAAUGCACAUCUACAGAGUAAUUGACACACAUCAGCCUCACCGAGGAGUUCAAUCCACUUAAAUCAUACUGCUAGAUCAUACUACAUACAAAGAUCUUAAACUGCUAGUCGUUUCAGAACUUCACAGCUCAUUUCUGUUAGUUGGUGAAAAUGUUAACGAUAAUAAUGCUGAAGGUUUGCAUAUUGUGUUGCACAAUUGUGUUUGAACAGGACGCUGCUAAGCUAGUAUACAUAAGCUUUAAAAACUGGAGUUUGAUUCUCUAUCUCUGUGUUUAUAUUUGAUAUACAUUUCAGAAAAUAUUUUCAUUCAAAUUUUUAUUUUUAUUUUGAAGGUUCUCUGUGGUGUAAUACCAGGGUACUAACAAUGGUACUAUAUAUUUACAGUAAGCUGAUAUUAUAUAUUACCAUUGUUCGUUUAUGUUUGUUCAUAAUAAACAGAAGUUAUGGUUAAAUAAAUAAAAAUAACUGUAAAUAAAAUGUCUGUUGUUUAUUGUAAAGUGUUAAUGCAUGUUUUGAUGUUAUGAUGUUUUAUAUAGUGUAUUCUAAAUUAUGCAUAAUGGUUCUAAGUGAUAUAAUUUUAUGUAAUUAUUUUGUAGUCAUUAUGGGCAUGUUUAUGUCUUUUGUUGUUUAUUCCAGUUUAUUCUGUUGUUUAACACUUUGCAUAACAUGACAAGAUGUCUCUAAUAUAAAGACAUUCAGACAAAACUAAUGGCCUAAACAGCCUGUGCCUAAUUGUGUCUAAUUGAAUAAUGGACACAGAACUAUUAGAACUGGACGCUGUUCUGUAGUUUUUUGUAUUUGUUUUUUUUUAUGUACAUAAAAACAGCAGCAUUCAAGGUGGACCUAUUUACCUUUGCAUCUGUAAUCCUCCCGUUUCAGUAUUGUGUGUAUUGUGUAUUAAUAAGUGUUUUGACUUUUCCAUUAUCUCCCUUGUCCUGUUCGCUUUGUCAUUGAAAGUAAA